UGGGACGUGCGCCAGCUUGGCUUUGUUGAACCAACUCCUUGAACUUGCUGAACCACGUGUGAUGGCCAAUCCUUGAAUCACUUCUUGAUCCGAACAACCGUACCACCACCAUUGGAGUCGCCGCCGCAGCCGCCGCUUCUCGCUCUGGAAUCCAUACUCGAUGACGUUCUUCAAGGCAUGGUCGCGAACUAACAGCACAGCGCUCUCUAUCAGACCGCCCUUCAAUGCCAGAAGCAUGUGGCGACGGGUGUUUGUUGUGCUGAAAAUGGUGCGUGUGCUUCGCCUUCUAGGGCAGCGGGCCGCGUCGCGCCGCGCGUUUCUAGAAAAACAACACCAAGCCAUGUACGGCAGCAGUGGCCACCAGCCGCGAUGCGCCACACCUGGCUGCAGCUCGGAUUGGUACUACGUGCAGAAGAACGGUCACUGCACAGCCUGCAACGCCAAUCGACCACGACAGGGGGUCAUGGACUCGAGUGUGAUGGAGACGAUCCGGAAGGCAUGGUCGCGUUUGACCUUUCGCAAGCCAAAGGAUGCAGGACUCAGCGACGAAGAGUACGCGAUGAUGCUCGGCGUCGAAUGGAACAGCCAGCACCAGGAACAAUACCCAAACACGUUGAAGCUUGUGUACAACCUGAGCCAGUUUCCGCCGCAUGUGAACCAGAAUGCGAACCUGAAUGCAGAUAUGGUUGACGAGCUCGUCAAGCACAGCUCCGAGUGCGCCGCGUCCGAGCGCGGGCAAAUGUGCCACGUCGGCGGUUGCGCCGAGAUGCGCAGGAUUCUUCACCACACGUCCGUGCAUCCUAACGCCGAACCCAGCUGCACCGACUGCUUGAAAGCGUACCGCAUCCUGCUCAGCCACGCCGAACGAUGCCGCGUGCUUUGCCGCGUUCCUCGCUGCAGCGGCGUUAAGACGCACUUGGAAUGCCGUGCCGCCGCCGCCAGCGGAAACGCUGCCGCACCGCAAAUGUGCUGGGUGCGCACUCCUCAAAUGUCGUGGUGGCCUGCCAUCGCGUACCCGAUGCAUUAUCCGUUGCCACAGCUACCGCUGUACGUGGUGGACCAGUACCAAGACGGGCACCAGAUCGUAUGCUGCCUCGGCGAUCGCCAGUUUGCGUGCUUGCCACUCAAUCAGAUCUUGCCUUGGACUCAGCCCGCGCUGCAGUCGAGUACCGAGCCGCUGUGCAACCAUUUAGCUUGCGAAGACCUCCGCGGGUGUGUUGGGUACGCCGCGACGUGCGUGUUCGCAUCGUUGGAACAGCACAAGAUGGCGAUGACCCACCAUCAUGCGAUGGCGUCGUUGUCCGGUCCGCAUCCCCAACAGGUGUCUCAGCCGCCACCACGGACGCGGUUGCCAUCCCUUCCGUCGUUGUUGGCGCGCCAACCACAGACGACUCCCGUCACCAACGAGUUUGACGGCGGGUUUAUUAGCCCCGAAGUGCACAUGAAGAAGCGCAAGUUGAUUCAAGUGCCUCAACUUAGGUCGUAGACUAGCCCCGUUCAUUUCCCAUCACACACAUCGUUGUACGAUUGCAACGAUCCAUCCACACGUAUGUCCUAUAGCAUUAUUUAGACUAAUUUCAGUAGAGCCCUUUAGUAUAUUCUUCAUGUGUCGACUCGCAUGAGAAGUGCCAACGUUCGUUACUACAGUACUGCCCGCAUCUUGCGCCUCCAGGACGUUCGUUGAUCGCUUGCUCCCUGGCAAGAAGAGCCCCCAAAGUAGUUUUACCUUUCAACAUUUAUAUGAAGCAUAACGUGAUUGAAC